GAUUCCUUUGAAUAUAUUGUCAUUCAGCUAAAAAGCCCUUGCAGAGCUGCCUUGGUAACAAUUUACAGACCACCGAAGUAUAACACAAUGUUUUUUGAUGAGCUUACCAAAAUACUGUCUUCCGUCUGCAUGGACUUUGAUUGUGUUGUUUUAGUGGGUGACUUUAACAUUCAUGUUGAUAAUCCUGAAGAAGGAUGUGCUAGAGAGCUUUUAAAUAUUUUGGAUACAUUUGGUUUAUCUCAGCAUGUCACAGUUCCAACACAUAACAGAGGGCACAUACUGGACUUAAUAAUAUCCAAAGGUCUUAACAUCUCUGAGGUCACAGUGAAUGAUGUUGCUCUGUCUGAUCACUACUGCAUUAUGUUUAAAAUGACCACCCCUGUCCAUCCUCUGAAAAGGGAAACAGUGGUGAUUAGGAAGCGUUACAUAAGUGAUAACACAUGUGCGUUAUUCACACAGGCCUAUGCCUCAUCAUUAACCUCUACAAUAGCUCCAGUGGAAGAACUUGUAAAUAGUUUCAGUUCCAGUGUGAUGACUGUAAUGGACACUAUUGCCCCGAUUAAGACAAAAACUUUGUCAAGAAAGAAGAGGUCACCCUGGAGAAAUGCCACACUAGCUAUAAAACAAAAACAAGUUUGUAGACGAGCAGAACGCAGAUGGCGAAACAACAAACUCCUAGUUUUUUAUGAUAUCUACAAAGAGAGUCUUCGCAAAUACAACCAGGAACUGAAAAAUGCUAGACAAUCAUAUUUUUCAGAGAUCAUUAGUAGAAACACCAACAAUACUCGCACACUAUUUUCUGUUGUUGACAAACUGACAAACCCACAAGCAUCAAUACCUCAGGAAUUGGCAUCUGAGGUGUCCUGUAAUAAUUUCGCAGCAUUCUUUACACACAAAGUACUAAAGAUUAGACAGGCUGUGUGCAACUCCGGAUUAACAAAUGUUACACUAAACACCUCCCAAAAUGUCCCCCACGUCAAUCUUAGACAGUUUAGCCUCCUGGACUAUGCCACUUUAACAGAAAUUGUGUCGAAAUUAAAGCCCACAACAUGCUGCCUUGACAUCCUUCCUUCAAACUUUUUCAAAACUGUUUUUCAUUGCAUAGCCCCAGACAUACUUCAGAUUAUAAAUACUUCCCUCCAAACAGGAGAGUUUCCUCAGACUUUAAAAACUGCAGUAAUAAAACCUCUCCUAAAAAAACCUAAUCUGGAUGCCUCAACCAUUAGUAAUUACAGGCCAAUAUCAAAUCUGACAUUCCUGGGGAAAAUUAUCGAAAGGGCUGUGUUUGAACAGAUCCAGACUUUUAUGAUGCAAAACAAUCUUUUUAACUCAUUUCAGUCUGGAUUUCGGCCACAACACAGCACCGAGACCGUGCUUAUCAAAGUCCUAAAUGAUAUUCGUCGGAAUACCGAUGCAGGCAAAUCAUCUGUUCUGCUACUAUUGGAUCUCAGCGCCGCAUUUGACACGGUUGAUCACAACAUACUACUCAGCAGAUUGGAACAGUGGGUAGGGUUUACUGACACUAUUCUUCAGUGGUUCACAUCCUAUUUACAUGAUAGAGAUUUCUUUGUGUCAAUUGGAAACUAUCAGUCAGAACGAACCAAAUUCACGUGUGGAGUCCCUCAAGGGUCAAUUCUUGGACCACUCUUAUUUAACAUCUAUAUGCUUCCGUUAGCUCAGAUAAUGGAACAGUAUGAUAUCUCCUAUCACGCCUAUGCAGAUGACACACAACUGUACAUUUCUGUGUCCCCACAUGAUUAUAGUCCCUUAGUCUCCCUGAGUAAAUGCAUUCGUCAAAUCAAUGAAUGGAUGUGCCAGAAUUUUCUCCAGUUAAAUGUAGAGAAGACAGAGGUGAUCAUUUUUGGGCCAAAAAAGGAAAGGUCAAAGAUAAGCAGCCAACUUAGCACAAUGUCACUAACAGCUACAAAUCAAGUCAGAAACCUUGGCGUAAUUAUUGACUCAGACCUAAAAUUUGAUAGCCAUCUAAAGUCCGUCACUAAAUCCGCUUAUUACCACCUAAAAAAUAUAACCAGAAUUAAGGGGCUUCUGACUCAACAAGACAUGGAAAAACUUAUGCAUGCAUUCAUUUUCAGCAGAUUGGACUACUGCAACGGUAUAUUUACAGGUCUUGAUAAAAAAUCAGUCAGGAAGCUGCAGCUAGUACAGAAUGCUGCAGCCAGAGUCCUCACAAAUACAAGGAAGCUGGACCACAUUACACCGGUUUUGAAAUCGCUACACUGGCUUCCAGUGAGUCAAAGGAUAGACUAUAAAAUACUACUGCUCGUCUACAAAACACUUAAUGGCCUUGGACCAAAAUACAUGCUUGACUUGUUAGAUUCCUAUGAGACAUCUAGACCCCUAAGGUCGUCUGGAACGGGUCUUCUGCAUGUUCCAAGAACAAGAACCAAGAGGGGUGAGGCAGCAUUUAGUUAUUAUGCUCCUCACCUCUGGAACAAGUUACCCGAACGUCUGAAGUAUGCUCAAACUGUUAGCUCCUUUAAAUCAGGGCUAAAAACGCUUUUGUUUGGCACUGCAUAUCCAUAACUGUCUAUAUAUUUCAACCUACCUGCCUUCUAUUCCUAUUGUGCUUAUCUCCAUUGCUGAUUUCAAUGAUUAUUAUUAGUAGUAGUUUUUGCUUUAUUUUUAUUUUUGUUUUAUUUUUAUUUAUUUAUUUUUAUUCUGUGAUUAGAUGUGAUCAUUUGUCUUGGUUUUUACGUUGUGUUGAUUUAAAUGUGAUUUUUAUGGUCUUCAUGUGAUGUAAAGCACUUUGAAUUGCCUUGUGUUGAAU